AUGCAGCCAUCUGUUUUUUCCCCAAAUGCUUCUUCCUACCUGGGCCCUCAUGGGGAGCCGCCUCUGUCACGAACUGGCUUUGUCAUUCUCUCCGUCAUUAUGGCCAUUUUCACAGGUCCGGCCAUCGUACUUAACGCUACAGUGAUCAUUGUAUCUCUCAUGCACAAGCAGCUGAGGCAGCCGCUCAACUACGCUCUGGUGAACAUGGCUGUGGCUGACCUGGGCACAGCCAUGACCGGAGGGGUCCUGUCCGUGGUCAACAACGCCCAGGGGUACUUCUCCCUCGGAAGAACAGGCUGCGUGAUGGAGGGCUUUGCAGUGUCCUUGUUUGGCAUCACAUCUCUGUGCACGGUCGCUCUGAUCGCAGUGGAGAGGAUGUUUGUUGUAUGUAAGCCGCUGGGGCUGAUAACCUUCCAAACAAAGCAUGCGUUUGGAGGUAUAGCCUUGUCCUGGCUGUGGUCCCUCAUGUGGAACCUACCUCCCCUGUUUGGCUGGGGUCGGUAUGAGCUGGAAGGUGUCGGGACAUCCUGUGCACCAGACUGGCACAGUCGAGACCCUCAUAACGUCUCCUACAUCCUGGCUUACUUUGCGGUGUGCUUUGCUGCUCCCUUUGCCGUUAUCCUGGCGUCUUACAUGAAGUUAAUGUGGACAUUACACCAGGUAUCAAAGAUGGCCUGUGUGGAAGGUGGUGCAGUAGCCAAAGGAGAGAUGAAGGUGGCGCUCAUGGUGGUCCUGAUGGUCCUGACAUUUCUGAUCAGUUGGUUGCCUUAUGCUGGCCUGUCCAUGUUCGUGGUCUUCAAUCCUGAUGUGGAGAUUCACCCGCUGGUGGGCACAGUGCCGGUUUACUUGGCUAAGAGCAGCACUGUGUACAAUCCCAUCAUCUACAUCUACCUCAACAAGCAGUUUCGGAAAUACGCCGUGCCCUUCCUGCUGUGUGGGAGAGAGCCCUUGCUGGACGAUGAGGUAUCAGAGACGGUAACGACAGUGCAGAUUUCAGUCAACAAGGUGUCGCCUGCCUGAAAUGCAAACACACCUACGUUAAAAAGCUUUAUCCCCUGAAAUGUGUCUAAUUC